AUGAGUUCGAUUUCACUUGAAAAUAAACAAUGUGUGUUGUGCAACAAAAUUGGUGGUGUAUUGACUUGUGCCGGAUGUGAACAAGCUUUCUGUGGUAAACAUGUCAUUGAACAUCGACAACAACUUAAUAUUGAAUUAGAAAAUCUUAUGCAAGAACAUGAUUUAAUUCAACAAGAUAUAGGACUAUCAAUAGAUAAUGAUUUAUUAUUGAAAGAAAUAGAUAAAUGGGAAAAAGAAUCCAUUACAAAAAUUCAAGUAGCAGCUGAAAAAGCUCGAACUAAUUUAAAACAAAUUCUUGAAAGUUCAAAUAAUCAAAUUUUAAAUAAAUGUCGAAAUGUUGCAUCUAAACUUCUAUCUGCACGAGAAGCUGAAAAUUUCUCAGAAAUUGAUUUAAGACGAUGGACAACACAAUUAAAUGAACUUAAAUCACAGAUAAAAUCAUUAUCCAUGAUUCAUACGGUAGAAGAUAAGAACUCCGCUGUUUAUUUCAUUGAGAUUAAACAAAGUAACACUGUAAAUACACACAUAAAAAACGAAGAAUUAUUAUCAACAAAAUUAUCAUCAACAUCUAGAAGAAUUGAAGAAAGAUUUACUGAAGGAAAUGGUUUAGCAACAAUCGAAGAUAAUGGCCUUCGUAUCAAACAUAUUGAUAAUGAUCAUAAAUUUAUUUAUUUUCGUGGUCUAAAAUCUUAUACUGAUGGUUGUCAUAUAUUGAAAUUGAAAUUUGAACAAAGUGCAGGUGCUUAUAAUGCUUUUAUUGGUAUUUGUUCAUCUAAUAUUAAUUUACGACAGAUUAUGUAUCAUUUAACUGUUGUUGUCGGUUGGUUCAAUAAUAUGGAAGUAUGGCAGCAUGGAAGAUCUAUUAAAAAUACGAAACCUGUAGGAUCGAAAAAUGAUGAAAUAAAAACGAAUGAUAUAGUUCAACUGAAAAUUGAUUGUGAAAACAAACAAAUUGAAUUAUUCCAUGAACGAACAAACAAAAAACAUACUGUUAUUGUUGAUUCGAAUCAAGCUCCUCUUCCAUGGAAUAUUCUAUUAGGAUUACGUCGAAAGAAUGAUUGCGUUGAGAUUUUACAGAAUAAUUAG